AGUUAGAGAGAGACGCAUAUAUUUACAGAGAGGAGAUUUUCGGGAGGAAAAGAAAAUAACAAAUAGGAAGCACAAUAAAAGCAGCGUGCGUCUCUCUAGUCAGGAAGUUCGGUUUUGUUUUGGGGUUUGUUUGGGGGGGGUUGUCCCAGACUUCCAGCUACAGAAUUGCAAUAUCGUGUUCUGUUUCAAAAGUUUGCAUUCCUUUUUCAGGAGGAGAACAAAAAUACCUGAAUGAUUCCAGCGAUUCAGAUAUGGAUACGCCCAGAGCUGUCUUGCGCUUCUUCAGCAAUCAGAAGACCAAAAUCGGAUAUGGUUUCAUGGUCAUUGCUACCAUCGGUGGACAGAAGAUCUUCUCGCUCUCAUCCUUCCAGUGUCCGUGUAACGUAAAGCAGAACAUGGUCUACGGGCUCUCUUUCCUCCUCGGACCGGCGUUCGUGCUCUUCACCGUCGGCGUUUUCCUGAGCACGCGCCUAUGGCGCCUCUACACAGGCUGCUGUCUCAAUCCCAGAAAACUCUGUCCUCAUAGGAGGAACUGCGUGGGCUGUUUAUCUGUGCUUUUAAAAGUGAUUGUUGGAGCACUCGUGGCACCAAUCAUAUGGCUCAGCAUCACUUUGCUGAAUGGCAGGUUCUAUGAGUGUGCAGUGAGUGGUGUGGAAGAACGGGUACUUGUGGACUGGUUUUGUAAAAAUAGGACCAGCACAUGCAAGGACGAGCUGGCCAAAGUCCCAUGUAAAACAUCCAACCUGUCGCCGGAGGACAGCAAGGAGCUUCUGCUAAUGCUACACGCCCAGUCUCAGAUCCUCGGCUGGAUCAUGAUCAUGAGCUCUGCUUUGGCUGCUCUGAUUUACACAUGUUACAAAAACUGCCGCUCUCAAGUGAGCUACCUGCAGCUCACUUUCUGGAAAGUAUACAAGGAGAAGGAGAGGGAGAAGUUUGAAUCAUUCGCAAAUGAGUACGCUACCCGGCUGGCCGAGCGAAACUUCAAGAGCUUCUUUGAGAACAAAGACCCUGAGGCAUUUCCUUUUCCAAACCACAAAGCCUGGGAGCAGAUCUCAGCCUUAUACACUUAUAAUCGUGGUGAACAGUAUUACAGCAUGCUGCAGAGAUAUGUGGAAGCUCCUAAUCGUGACUACUCUCCAGAGAAAAUACCACUGGAAAUGGACUGCAACCUCUGAUAGACAUGGACCUCAAGGUCUUUCAGUAAACAGUAUUCUACUUACAUUUGACCUGUGGCUUUGGCUUACUGACUGGCUAACAUUGUACCAAAGCUAGUAAGGGAAAAAAAAUCCAAAGUCUAAAUGAUGGUGAUAUUUUAAAGGUCACAGUUGCCAAAGUGUUGAAGAAACAACAACUUUUUUUCUCUCUUUCAGGAUUGGCGACAGCCAUGUUAAAUGGGUGCUAAUGAAGUAGAUUUAAUAUUGUACUUAAAUGUCUUUAAACUUAAGCUGCCUGGGCUAACCAUGAACUUAAAACACCACCACUAACAGCUGAAGCUGAUUGAAGAACUAAAUACAAGCAUGAUACAAUAUAAGACUCAGGUUUCAUCCCAGGCGGCACGGUGGUGUAGUGGUUAGUACUGUCGCCUCACAGCGAGAAGGUCCGGGUUCGAGCCCCGUGGCCGGCGAGGGCCUUUCUGUGCGGAGUUUGCAUGUUCUCCCCGUGUCCACGUGGGUUUCCUCCAGCUGCUCUGGUUUCCCCCACAGUCCAAAGACAUGCAGGUUAGGUUAACUGGUGACUCUAAAUUGACCGUAGGUGUGAAUGUGAGUGUGAAUGGUUGUCUGUGUCUGUCAGCCCUGUGAUGACCUGGCGACUUGUCCAGGGUGUACCCCACCUUUCGCCCGUAGUUAGCUGGGAUAGGCUCCAGCUUGCCUGCGACCCUGUAGAACAGGAUAAAGUGGCUAGAGAUAAUGAGAUGAGAUGAGGUUUCAUCCCAAGUCAUAUUCAUAUCUACUUACUGUGCUUACAAGAAUGUCAGCCAUUUCAGUGCUCCACCCUAAGGGAAUCCAUUCUACAUCGAGUGUGUAAUAAGCCACCAAAGUGGCUUUUUUUAAAAAAGUGGCUUUUUCUGACCAAAGUUUUUCUGCCAAAAGUAUACUUUGACAUCACUACUCUCCACAAACAUAAAUAUAUUUUAACAAAAUGUUUUAUUUUGGUUUUAUUUAAGCUAUCCUUCUAUGUAAGAAAGGGAAUGAAUGUUUAUAGCUAUUAUAACCAAUGUUAUAAUGAAUAACUCCAUAAAAAUAUGGAGUUAUUCUUUAAUUAAUAAACAAUUGUGACUGUUUUGAUUGUGAAUUAAAAUUUCUCUUUCCCCUCCAAUAAAGAUUGCAGGCAGGCACAGAGACUUAAAGAGAGAGAAAGAUAGAUUUUAUUAAAGAAGCUUCAUGUAUGUACACUGGUGUUGUCUGAGACACUCUCUGCCCCAGACACUCUCUCUGAAUGCCCAAAAAAACAAACUCUCACUCACUCUCUGGCUUCUCACAUCAUUCUCUUUCUCAAAAAAUUUAAUCCAUAACACAGAUAAGGAUGUUACUGUGGGCACAUACACAUGCUGUUUUUCUCCAUCAGGCAGUGGAUUACAAAUAUUCUGAAAUAAUACGAAUUUUAAGACGCCCUUAACCAUUCUUCCGGUCAGCAAGUUGCUGUUAUAUAAGUCAAAGUCCCUUCCACACCAGAAUCUGGUCUUCCCUGGCAGUCUCCUAUCCCAGUACUAACCAGUUCUUUGAGGUGCAUGGGUGUGGCUGUGCAAAGGAAAUGUGGAUGUUCGGGAAGCUAAAUUGAAGAUGAAAAUGGAUUCUUACCCAACUGCUAUUUGAAUUCAUCAGGCCUGCCAAGCAAGAAUGUCAAGACAAUUUGAUAAUUGUUUUUAUUCAUUUACAGUGCCUUGCAAAAGUAUUC